ACACAGUUGACAGUACUUUGUUGUUUUCUAUAUUGAAUGGGCCGGUAAACUAAUUAUUUGUUAUAAAUUAUAUAAUAUGACAAAUACUGAAUCCCAAUUUUCCCUAUCUUGGGAUGACCAUGUCGCUAAUAUCUGUAACGGAUUAAGUUUGCUUCAACAGAAUGGUGAGUUCGUAGAUAUGACCUUAGCUGCCGACGGUCACUUGGUAAAAGUACAUCAAGUAAUAAUGGCACUCAGUAGUCCAUUUCUUAAGGAUCUCAUCUCAUCUGCCGAAUGUCCACAUCCUGUGAUAUUUCUAAAUAAAAUUUCUCACACGACCCUAUCAGCGUUAUUAGAAUAUAUAUAUACGGGUGAAGUAUUAGUAGCUAUAGAAGAUCUUAAUGAGUUAAUAGAUGCCGCAAAAGAAUUGCAUAUCAAAGGAUUACAGGAAAUGAAUCUAGCAGAUGCUUUAAGUGUUGAGGAGGGGAAAACAAAUGAAGAGUAUUUCACACAAAUAGAAUGUUUGGAUGGGAAUCAAGAUAUUUAUUUAGAAUUACCGAACCAGGAAAGCAACCAGCAGGCAAUGGAUGAUGGAAGUUGCAGCUUCAUAGUCAGUGAUAUAAGGAGUGUGGAUGACGUUGAUCAGUUAUAUGUGGUCCCCUUAGAAAAGAAAGACGAUCCGGAACUGAUAGAGAAAAUUAAAAAAGGACACAUUAUGGGUAAAGUUGAUGCUGAAGCAUGUCUAAAAACUCUGCAAUACACAAUAUCGAACCAAGGAUCGCUACAAAUGAUUCUAAACAGAUUUAUUUAUUACUUGAAGCACAGUAAUAGGGACAAAUCGAGACAAUGGCGAUGCGUAGAUUAUUUAAACCACUGUAAAUGUCCAGCUUAUGUUGUCACCAAGGAGGAUGUUGUUGUACAAAGGAUAUCAUCACACAAUCACCCGUUCCACGAUCGCAAGAUAUUGAAGAAAGUGAAGACAGGUUCGGUGUUUUCAGCAUUCAAUGAAGCGGAAAUCGAAGGAAACAAUAGAAAAGCUUUGGAAGACACAAACAGUGAUUAAAUAUUAAUAUAUACAA